UGACAUCUGGGUGUAUUGACUGUGGCCAGCGUGAAAUCUAUUUAACUGCCGCUUGGUGCUGUAAAUCAGACUUAAAGAGGCUUUUCCUGCUAAUUCGCAGCUCAUUGUGCCUCUUGUUCCAGAGGAGAAAAGCUUAUUUGCAGUCUAAAUGGAUGCAAUACUGAAUUACAGGUCGGAAGACACUGAAGAUUUCUACAUGUUACUGGGAUGUGAUGAACUGUCUUCGGUUGAACAAAUCUUGGCAGAAUUUAAGAUCAGAGCCCUGGAAUGUCACCCUGACAAGCAUCCUGGAAACUCCAAAGCUGUGGAGACUUUUCAGAAACUGCAGAAGGCAAAGGAGAUUCUGAUGAAUGAAGAGCGUCGAGCCCACUAUGACCAGUGGAGAAGGAGCCAGAUAUCGAUGCCAUUCCAGCAGUGGGAAGCUUUGAGUGACUCAGUGAAAAUGUCAAUGCAUUGGGCUGUCAGAGGUAAAAAAGACAGGAUGUUGGAAGAAUCUGACCAUGCUCAUACUAGCAAGAUUGAAAAUGAGGAGCAGAAUGAGCAGAGAGAAAUUAAGAAAGAGGAGCUGGGUUCAACCACAGAGAAAAUGGAACAAAAAGAAUCCGAGUCCCCGGAGAAGUCAUUCUCCCCACAAAAUCCAGGUUCUCCAGGCUUUUCAGAUGGGAACUAUUGGCACCUUCGUUUCCGCUGGUCUGGAGAUGCUCCCUCUGAACUCCUCAGGAAGUUUAGAAACUAUGAAAUAUGAACAUCCCUGCAUCACAGAAGAUGGAGACAGCAAGACCUUCCCCUGUGCUGACAACAUGCAGUCCUUGUUCACAUCUUAAAAUUUUCAUGUUUAUAUGUCAUGUGUGUGAAUUGAAUUAGAGUACAAACUGAUUCAUCCAUCUGUGACACCAUUUUCUAAAUGAGAAAACUUGCAGAAGAAUAGUUUCUUUUAGUAUUUGCAUAAAUUAGAGUUCUUAGAUCCCAAGUAGAUCGUAUUAUAUGUGUUUUCUGUGAAUUUUAUUUAUACAAAUCCAUUUAAGAAAUCAAUCUCUGUAUUUAAAUAUUUCAUUGAUAUAUUAUGAUCUGUGUUAGUGCUGGGUAUACAAGAAAUGUUUUCUCUUGACUUAAAAUGAAAUAUGAAAUUCCUUGUCUAAAUCCCAUGGAGUAAAAUAAAUGCUUUUCCCAACAUUCAUAAUGAGUUUAUAAUUCAAUUACAUUUUUAAAAUAAUUAGAAUUAGAAAUACAUUAAUGUAUUUCUACAUAAACUUCAAUAAUUGUGAUCUUAAAAGCUUAUGAUUUGUCUUAGUACAUGAUAAAGUUUUGCAAAAUUUAUUUUGUUAUAAAAGCAAGUGAUUAAUGUUCAAACUAUGAAAAUGGAACUAUUAGGUAGCAUAUCCUCUUUAGGUUGGAGUUCUUGAUGGUUGUGUGUAUUCUAUGGCUAUUUUUUCAUUUGAAAACAAGUGAAUGAAAAAUUAAGAAGGAAAAAUAUCUUAGAGCAGGGAUUCUCUAGUAAAUGAUAGAGUUUUCACUGAUCUCUGGCAAAAUGAGAAAAAUGAGCAUAUAGUAAGUCUUUUAAACAAACUUAUUCACUAUAAAAGGUGGUCCUUUAUUCAGAAAUUAUGUUGUCCCUAUCUUUGUGGUUUAUAGUAGAUGAAAAUUUUUAUGUUUUUAAAAAUACAUCCCUAUGUUGGUUCCUUCAAUUUUAUUUGAAAUUUUACUGUUUUAUCAAAUCCAAAAGUCAGGGCUAGCAGUGCAGAGAAUUAUUUCCAUCACUAUUUACCAUUCCAUUAAAAUGUAGUUUGGCUUUAUUACCAUAUCUGCGAAUUUUACUUCAAAAAAAUUAGAAAAUAAAUGCAAGCAAUAUGCAUGCUAAGUUAAAAUGAGCUUUUCACAGAAAGUAAUAGGUUAAAGUCACCAUUGCCAAUCAUAAUGCCUGGCUCAGGGUAAAUACUAAACGCUGGAUUGAAUGAGUGAAUGUUUAAAUCUAAGAAUCAGGGUUUUAUUUUUAUUUUUUUCCUUUUUUCCCCAAACUGUGUUACAGCACUGAUGACUUUUAGUUAUUCACCAAG